UUCGGCAUCUCGUUCGACGGCUCGUCCUCCGUGGCGCGUUCGGACUGGACUCUCCUUACCGCGGCUUCUUUCCCUGACAGUGAUUCGGACGUUCGCGAUGCGCUCAUUGGGCCUGUAUGGACUCGCGCAUCGAACAAGACGCUCGCUGGCGCUUUUCCAGCUGCGUACGACGACACAUCGGGCGUUCAGGCAAGUGGUCAGACGAGCCCGGCGCAGGGUGCAAUGUUCGCAGCGUUGGCUUUGGGGUGA